UAGUGUGUUUGUUCAAUCCAAGAUGGCUGCGCUCAGGGGCAGAGUGGUCACAGAAUGUCUUUCAACAUGUAUGUUUAGACAAACAAGCACAGCGAGCAUUUCCACUCUUCCUACUGUUAAAAUAGGGAAUAAGUGGUUUGUACCGAGAUCACGUCUUCACACUGGCAGAGGAAGCAGGGGUCCUCUAGUUAGGGCACUUCUUGGGUGUCCCAAUCAUGGCCAGUUCCUGCUGGUCAGUGCUGUGGCGGUCAGACACAACAGCUCACAGACGACAGAAACUGUGCAGAGAAUUUCAACUCCAUUUGAACCUGUAAAUGCUGCAAUAUUUGACCCAGUCUCCAUUCCAAGUCCUUCUGCUGACCCCGCAGUCACACCUCCAAUCCCAGAGCAGGUGGCCGAGGCUCCUCUCACUGCAUUGGAUGUUCUGCAGGUGGCUGGAGCUGAAGCCAGCCUAUCAGAGCUCGGCCUGGGCAGCAACACUCCUGUGGGCCUGAUCCAGAAUCUGCUGGAGUUUAUGCAUGUUAGCAUCGGGCUGCCAUGGUGGGGGGCCAUUGUUGCCGGCACCAUUGUUGCUCGGUGUGCUGUGUUCCCAGUCAUUGUAAAGGCACAGAGGGAAGCAGCCAAACUGAACAACGUCAUGCCAGAAAUGACCAAGCUCACCAACCGCAUGAACGAGGCCAAGCAGAGCGGUAACAAAUUUGAAUUUUCAAAAGCGUACACUGACUUGAUGGUGUUUCAGAAGAAACAUGAUGUGAACCCUUUGCGUGGGUUCCUCGUGCCACUGGUACAGGCUCCAAUCUUCAUCUCUUUCUUCAUGGCCCUGCGUAAGAUGGCAUAUCUCCCCGUACCGAGUUUGCAGACUGGCGGCCUCUGGUGGUUCACAGACCUAACUGCAGCUGAUCCAUUUUACAUUCUCCCCAUUGCUGUGACUGGCACUAUGUUUGCCAUCUUAGAGUUGGGAGCUGAAUCUGGUGUAGACAACCCCAAUCUGAGGGUCAUGAAGACUGUCUUCAGGAUCAUGCCCUUUGUGAUCCUCCCUAUGACGAUUAGUUUCCCCACGGCAGUGUUCACCUACUGGAUGACCUCUAACCUCUUCUCACUGGGUCAGGUGGCCCUGCUGAGGCACCCAGUCGUGAGAGAGAAGUUACGCAUCCCAGAACGCAUCACACACCCACCUUCAGCUCUACCCCCCAAUGAAAGUUUCAUAGAAAGCAUCAAGAAAGGAUGGAAGAAUGCCCAGUUGGCUCAGCAGCUGGAGGAGAGAGAAAGAAGAAUUAAAGGACACCUGGAUUUGGCAGCCAAAGGUCCUCUGAGGCAGACUUUUACCCAUAACCCCCUUCAACAGUCAGCAGCGCCAGUGUCAACAGAAAAAUCAAGUCAUUCCAAGCAAGACAAGAAGAGGCCUUGUGAAGAGACGACUGGUUAAGACCUUAAAGGAGAAUUGUGAUGGCUUUGUACAUAUGUAGUGAGAAGGACUAAAGGAUGAGUGGAAAAAUUAAGACUAAAUAAGUGUUCAAUGGAAACAGUAUUGUGCUGUGUUUUCUUGCCAUUACAGAGCAAUCUUAUUGCCUUACCAUUCUCUCCAUUCAUUUACAUGCAUACACACACAAAUCUCUCUUUAGUAGUUUUCAUCCACUUAAAAACAAUGGCUGAUUAUAAAUGUUAACAUUAAUAGUUAUGUGUCCCUUCAUGAUCAGCAUACACAGGUUUUGCAUUAUUUGUCCUUUAUUUAUUUUUUUGUUGUUGUUUUAUUCAACCAGUUAUUUAUCACAAAUCCAUGAUAACACUGCCUUGGUCAUUUCAGUCUUUAGAAAAGAAAGCAUGGAAAAUACUGUUUUCAAUAUUCAUAAUUGAAAAUAUAAAAAUAAAGAUGUUGUAGGGGCACUGGCAAUUACUUUCUUCAACAAACAACAAGGUCUUUUAUUAGAGUCUCAGUGUACACGCAUCUAAAUUUAUGUGUGUAUUAAUUAAUGUGCAAGAAUUAGGUUUAUAACUGUUUCAAAGCAAUUGUACAAAUGUCUCUAAAUAAUUUCUCUGUGAUCAGUGCUAUAAUUUUAUCAUCUUACCAAGCCCCACAACAACCUCAAAGUCCAAGUUUCUUCACAUGCAAGGACUUGGUUUACUGUUCCCCAUCAAACCAGCAUUCAACUGAUCAAAACGCAGUAUAAAUAUCUCUAAUAAAUAUAAAGGACUGGCUUUGACAUUGGGGGAGUUUUCACAUGACAUCUGCUACAAUAUAGAAUGAUAUCUGUGUAAACCAGUGUAAAAAGAGUUUAAUCACAUCAGCAGCUUGUGUAUUGCAUGUCAAGUCACGAGUCCAGAGAUUUAUUCCAGUUUUCUUGUCAGAGCCUAAUCCUCUUCUACUCUGUCUUUUCAUCCUCCGUGUCCAUCUCAGUAAGAACACAGUAGCACACCUUCUGAAUGAGAAUACCUGAAGAUGC